ACUCCUACACACUCUUUACCUAUCAUAUAACUUGCAAACAAUAAAAUCAUAAAACCAAACUCAUUUGUCUAAAGAUUUCUAGUUCAAGUUAAGUUUUUUACUUUUUGUUGUAACAAACAAUGAUUUCAACAUGGAGGAAGAGAAGAGCAUCAAGGAGGAGCAACUCAAAGAAACAAAUUGAAGAAAAAAACAUGGAGUUGUUGAUGAUUCCUAGCCAUUUCAAGUGUCCAAUUUCAUUAGAUUUGAUGAAGGAUCCUGUGACUUUAUCAACGGGGAUAACGUAUGAUCGAGUGAGCAUCGAGACAUGGAUUGAAAGUGGGAAUCAAACAUGUCCCAUUACUAAAAAAGUGUUGAAGACACUUGAGCCAAUUCCUAAUCAUACCAUGAGGAAAAUGAUCCAAGAAUGGUGUGUUUUGAAUAAAGAUCAUGGGAUCGAGAGGAUCCCAACUCCAAGAAUUCCCGUUACCUCAUCAGAGGUAACGGUGAUUCUUAGGAAGAUCGAGUCUUCCUGCAAAUUGCAGCAAGGCUCAGAGUCUGGUUGCGAACUGGUAAUGAAAAUGAGGAAGAUGAUAAAGGAAAGUACAAGGAAUAAACGCUGUUUUAUUGCAAACGGGGCAGGGAAGAUUUUAUCAUCUACACUUCUUGGUUUUAUGGAGAAAUCAUCCGUUUAUGAAGUUGAAACAAUGGAAGAAAUUUUAUCAACUUUGACAAUUUUAUUGCCUCUAGAUGGUGAGUCCAAGUCAAUUCUUGGAUCAAAAUCAUCUUUAAAUUGCAUGGUUUGGUUCUUGAAAUGUGGUAGUUUAUCAAGCAGAAGGAAUUCAGUGUUUUUGCUAAAAGAAAUUAUGAGAAUGGAGGAAACAUGGAGAGUAGAAGAGUUAUUAAAGAUUGAUGGAGCUUUGGAAUCUUUAGUGAAGUUAGUGAAAGAGCCAAUAUGUCCUACUACCACAAAAGCUUCUUUAUUAACUAUUUACCAUAUGGUUAAUUCAUCACAAUUAUCAAAUGAGAAAGCAAGAUCCAAAUUUGUUGAUUUGGGGUUAGUGGAAUUGCUUUUAGAGACACUUGUGGAUUGUGAAAAGAGCAUAUGUGAAAAAGCAUUAGGAAUUUUGGCUGGACUUUGCAACUCAGAGGAAGGGACAAAAAGGGCUAAUAAUUAUGCCUUAACUAUUCCUGUUUUGAUCAAGAAAUUGUUGAGAGUGUCAAAUUUGGCAACUGAAUUUGCAGUCUCAAUCUUAUGGAAACUAAUUGUGAAGAAUGAGAGAAAGGAAAAUGUUGUGCUUAUUAAUGAAGCACUUCAAGUUGGUGCAUUUCAAAAGCUAUUGCUACUAAUACAAGUUGGAUGUAGUGAUAAUACUAAGGAGAAGGCUAGUGAUUUGUUGAAAUUGUUGAAUUUGCAUAGAGGUAAGGUAGAGUGUAUUGAUUCUUUGGACUUGAAGAACCUAAAAAGGCCAUUUUGAAACAUUAGUUUAGUUUAUAGUGUGUGUAUACAUUCAUGUGUCAUAUCAUUGUACAAAAUUGAACAAGGAUAAAAAAGUUAUGACUAUUCUUUUGGAUAUAA